AUGUCUUCAUCUAAAAAAAUUAUCAAUGUCAUAAUAGUGUCACCAACUCUUCAAGGCCACCUGAACCCAACUCUCAAUUUCGCAAAACGCCUUGAAUCAAAGGGUGUCCACGUCACCUUAGCAAUACCCGAAGAAACACCUCACCGUUUCCAAAACCUCAACACCCAAGAAACCAAUUCCCACCACAGCAACAACCCAUCAAAGAUCCAGCUAGAGUACUUCUCUGAUGGCCUUAGCAUCGACCAUGAUCGCAGCAAAGACCCCGCGACCUUCAUUGCUUCCUUGGAAACCAAAGGUGCGCAGAAUCUUUCGAACCUCAUGACCCACCUAAAGAAAAACGAUCGAAGCUUCUCAUGCUUGAUCACAAGUCUUUUUAUGCCGUGGUCAGUGGAUGUUGCCGUUUCUCAUGGAAUUCCUUGCGCCGUGCUUUGGCCCCAAGCUUCUGCUCUUUUUUCCAUUUACUAUCGCUAUGUAUGCAACGCGAACCAUUUUCCCGACAUGAAGAAUCCAAAUGAGACCCUUCGUUACCCUCACUGCCGAUGCUAA